UCCCUUGGGCCAGGCAGGAGCGGCCGCUUGCGGGAGUUCUGGGUUCUGUGACCAAGCCAAAGCAGCAGACAUGUCACUACAGGGAGGAUUCCACCUGUUUUCUAGCCUGGGCUGAAACAUGCAGAGAUGUGAAUGACUGUGCUUGAGAUCAGUUUUAUCUCCAGGUGCCUGCAGGUGUUUACAGGCUCUGAAGUUGGCCAGAUGCAGUUGGAAGAUGGGGAAGAAGAGCCGAGUAAAAACUCAGAAGUCAGGUACAGGAGCCACAGCGACGGUAUCUCCAAAGGAAAUGUUGAAUCUAAUUAAUGAGUUAUUGCAAAAAUGCAGCAGUCCUCCACCAGGUCCUGGUAAGGAGUGGGAAGAGUAUGUACAGAUCCGCUCACUUGUUGAGAAAAUUCGCAAAAAGCAAAAAGGUUUGUCUGUUGUCUUUGAUGGAAAAAGAGAUGACUAUUUUCCUGAACUGAUAAAGUGGGCAACUGAAAAUGGAGCAUCCACAGAGGGUUUUGAAAUAGCUAACUUUGAAGAGGAGGGAUUUGGUUUGAAAGCAACAAGAGAGAUAAAGGCUGAAGAAUUGUUUCUGUGGGUUCCUAGAAAACUGUUGAUGACAGUUGAGUCAGCUAAAAAUUCAGUCUUAGGAUCUCUGUAUUCUCAAGACCGAAUUCUUCAAGCCAUGGGCAAUAUAACAUUGGCAUUCCAUCUCCUUUGUGAGAGAGCCAACCCCAACUCUUUCUGGCUGCCCUACAUCCAGACUCUCCCCAGUGAAUAUGAUACUCCUCUCUAUUUUGAAGAAGAUGAAGUACAGUAUCUUCAGUCAACUCAGGCCAUACAUGAUGUUUUUAGCCAAUAUAAAAAUACAGCUCGGCAGUAUGCCUAUUUCUACAAAGUUAUUCAGGCCCAUCCUAAUGCCAGCAAACUGCCCUUAAAGGAUUCUUUCACUUAUGACGACUACAGAUGGGCUGUUUCCUCUGUUAUGACACGGCAGAACCAGAUUCCAACAGAAGAUGGUUCCAGAGUUACRCUGGCUCUGAUACCUUUAUGGGACAUGUGUAAUCAUACUAAUGGACUGAUCACUACAGGCUACAAUUUAGAAGAUGACCGGUGUGAGUGUGUAGCACUUCAAGAUUUCAAGCCUGGAGAACAGAUUUACAUUUUUUAUGGCACUCGGUCAAACGCUGAAUUUGUGAUCCACAGUGGUUUUUUCUUUGAUAAUAAUUCACAUGACAGAGUGAAAAUAAAGCUUGGCGUGAGUAAAAGUGACAGGCUGUAUGCUAUGAAGGCAGAGGUCUUAGCUCGUGCUGGUAUCCCGACUUCUAGUGUUUUUGCCUUGCACUCCACUGAGCCUGCAAUCUCUGCCCAGCUUUUGGCUUUCCUUCGAGUAUUUUGUAUGAGUGAAGAAGAGCUGAAGGAGCACUUGAUAGGUGAGCGUGCAAUUGACAAAAUCUUCACUCUGGGGAACUCUGAAUUUCCUGUUAGCUGGGACAAUGAAGUUAAACUUUGGACAUUCCUAGAAGCCAGAGCAUCCCUUCUUUUGAAAACCUAUAAAACAACUGUGGAGGUUGAUAAGUCCUUCCUGGAGACUCAUGACCUCACUCCACAUGCAAUAAUGGCCAUCAAAUUGCGCUUAGGUGAAAAAGAGAUCCUGGAGAAGGCAGUGAAGAGCGCGGCUGCCAGCAGAGAGUAUUAUACCAAACAAAUAGCAGAUGGGGCUCCACUUCCUAAGUAUGAAGAGAGCAAUAUUGCCUUGUUGGAGAACACUGUGGCAGACUCUAGACUCCCCAUUGUCUUGAGAAACCUAGAAGAUGUGGAGGAGCAAGGGGACUUAAAGAUUGAUGAAGCCAUUGAUGCUGAAGUCACAGAGAAUGGGUUUGUAAAUGGUGAAAACUCUUUAUUUAAUGGGACCAARUCAGAAAGUGAAAAUCUUAAUAAAGAGAAAAGCAACAGAGGGACUGAAGAUGCCAAAGAAUCUUCUUCAGAAAGUACUGAUGAGGUUAAAGAAUAGUCCUAAAAUUUUACUUUCUUGUGAAAUUAAACUAGCUGAAGUUUAUGAACAGUGCAUUUAUGUUGGUGUGUUUCUUUGUUAACAUUUCUCUUUCUGCAGAGAAAAAUGGUUUUGCUGCUUUAUAUAAAAAUGAAUUUUUAAGUUAUUUAAAAUAUUUAGCGUCCCUUUUCAAUUAAGAUUGCCAUCUUGCUUUCAAGCAAAAACUGGGGAAAGAGGUGCCUUUGGAA